CCUCUCACUCACUCGCCGCCUCUCUCUCGGGCCGUGAGGCGCUCUCUACCUCCACCUCAAACCUUCUCACCCCCCCCCGGUAAAAAAAAAAAAAAACCCAAAAAAAAACAACAACAUCAACAACAACUCGGAAUUAGCAGCAGCCUGCAAAUGGAUAGCGAGAAGACUGUACUGUAAACCAACCCAGCGACCUCCACCUCCACUCACAAGCCGGGAUGAGCGUCCCGUGGAGCGGCGCUGCGCCCGCCUGCGUGCGCCCGGCCGGGGCGGCGCACAAGCGGCUCGACUCGGACUCGGAGGCGCCGCGGCCUCCGGCCAAGCGCGCCCGGAGGCUGAGCAGCGAGACCGGGGACGCGCACGGAGGACUCCUCGGCGGCACGGCGGCGACCGCGACCGCGACCGCCGUCACGCAGCGGGGACCCUCCAGGAUCGGGCCGUUCCUGCUGGUGCCCGCCGCGGCCGAGCGCGACGGCGUGCACUGCCGCGCCGUGCACGUCCACACCGGCGACGAGCUUCUGUGCAAGGUGUUCAGCAUGGCGGACUACCAGCGGAAGAUCCGAGCCUACUGGGCGGCGCCGCCCCACCCGGGCGUGUCGGCCGUCCGGGAGGUGAUCCUGGGCGAGCGCGAGGCCUACGUCUUCCUGGAUCGGGACUUCGGCGACAUGCACGCGCUGGUGAAGAGCCGACGGCGGCUGGACGAGGCGCGGGCGCGGCCGCUCUUCCGGCAGAUGGCGCAGGCGGUGGCGCACUGCCACCUGGCGGGCGUCGUGCUGGGCGACCUCAAGCUGCGCAAGUUUGUCUUCGCCGACGAAAACAGGACCCAAGUGCGACUGGAGAGCCUGGAGGACUGCCGCGUCCUGGAGGACCCGCGGGACGACGCCAUGUGCGACACCCACGGCUGCCCCGCCUACGUCAGCCCGGAGAUCCUCAGCGGGGCGGCGCCCUACUCGGGCAAGAUGGCCGACAUGUGGAGCCUGGGCGUGGUGCUGUACACCAUGCUGGCGGGCCGCUACCCUUUCCACGACGCCGACCCGGCCGCGCUGUUCUCCAAGAUCCGCCGGGGACACUGUUGCCUUCCCGAGGGAAUCUCGCCCGGGGCCCGCUGCCUGGUCCAGAGCCUUCUGAGGAAGGAGCCCGGUGAGAGACUCACGGCUUCCGAAUUGCUGGCGCACCCGUGGUUCCGACGCCAGACGGUGGAAUGCAGCCCGGCAGAGCAGACGGUGCCGUCUUUUGACGUGGAGGACGACGACGACCAUCUGCUCUGCUGACCAAGAAUGGACCCACCUGUGUACAGUGAACCCCCACUAUCGGCGGGGAUAAGGAAAAUCUGCAAGUAAUUGACGCCCGGCCCCAAAGGGGUUAGUAAUGGAGUAUGGAUGCGGCAAAGCACUUAAAACAGAGAGGAUCAUAAACUAUCAACACCAUACUUCAAUCAUGAAACAUCAAUAGUAUUAGCUAGCAUACUAGCCGAAAUACCACCUAGCGCAAACUGAUCACACAUGGGCAAACAAAUAUUUGCACUAGCACUUUACACAAACGCUAUUAGUCAUUAAACUCGCCUUUUGGCAUUUACACACAAUAAUGAACGUUAGGGAAAACAGGCAAAGUGUAACGGCGAAGGAGACGGCACGGGUUAUGAGGAGCUGCAUCAGGAGAGAAGCAGGAAAAUACUUUCAGUUUUGUCUGUGCACAAGGUGCAUUCAAGCACCAAACAACGAAACGUCUCAAAUGCAGACCGAAAAAAAAAAUACGUAAACCUAACGACAAUACCGAGACUCCGCCAGAUGGCGCCAAAGCAAUACUUUAAUUGCUUUGGCUGACUAGCCGAGAUUUUCAGUAAAUAACGGAGGAUGGUUUCCCCCACGAGAUCAGCGAAUAAGCCAAUUUGCGAAUGCCGAACCACGAAUACGCAGGGGUUCACUGUACUGUGUCUGUGUACUGUAUGGGCAUUUGUUUUUCUAUUGUUGGUGCUAAGACGGACUAGCCAAGACCUCAAGCUACGCUUCGCCGUCGUAACAGAUGGCGUCAAAACUCGCCUCACGCUGACUGACACCCACGACGACGGCCGAUAGGACGGAGAGUCUUUUCAAUACAACAAAGUGCAUCCAAAACCAAAGAACCGUAAGAACCGUCAUAGCAAUCUGCACAAAUUUCAUGGCUAGAAAUAAAAAACACAGCUAGUGUUUUAUAUUCAAAAUAUAGAACGAAAUAAUUCUUUGUUUUUGUAUUUAAAACAAGCAAAAAACACUAAUUUGGUUGUUUUUUGGAUACAUUUUUUUUUUUUUUUUUUUGAAACAAGUCUUUGAUUUGUAUUGUGGGUGCUAAGUGUGAAUAGCCAAGCGCUCGCGCUACGCUCGGCUGGCUCAACAGAUGGCGGCGGCGGAACUCGUCCGCCUGGCGAUCGCAGAUGUGUCGCACUCAUUGACACACAAAAACGAUGGACGACAGCACCCACAAAGACUUUUAAAUUCAACACAAAUUGCCAUUAAAGCCAUCAUGGCGAUCCCCGGCCAAAAAUCAUCAAUGGAAGAAUAUAUAUAUAUAUAUAUAUAUAUUUCGAUCACAUUUACACUUAUUUUUAAGUUUGGGGUUAAAAUUUAUUUUAUUUUCAGAGACAUGACCAAAUGUUUUUUUGAUUUUCAUCCAAAAUACAAAGAAAAAUAAUUUAUGUGGUGUUUUGGAUUCUAAGUGAUUUAUUUUUAUUUUUAUGCCAAACAAAAUCAUUAGCGUUCCCUGGAUAAGAAAAAAAUAAAAACCAAAAUUUUAUUCAAAACACACAUUUUUUUUUGUCUGCAUUUCGCAUAAAGAUUUUUUAAAUGUUUAUUUAAAACAAAAGCCAAAUAUUUGUGUUGUUGUUGUAGACACCUGCUUUUUUUUGUUAGACAGCGACGUUGACUGUGAGCAACAUCGGCAGCGACAGCGAAGCUAUUUGAUUGGCCGAUUAUUAAGCGGUACGAUCUUCCGGCAAAGCGACAUCAAUGAGGACGAGCCGCGCAUUUUGUUGUUUUUAAGUUGCGAUCCGAUAACUAACAAGAGUGUCACUCGCGAGGACGUAAACACGCAGCGGACAACGGUACGACCAAUCCAGCAUUUUGUCUUCGAUAACUUGUAAAAAAUGUUUUUAAUGUUGAAUGCAAAGAGACGUGAGAAAAUCUGCAGAUUUUUUUUUAAAGUGAUUUUAGUUGCUUCAGAUGCAGUCAAUGAAGUGCGCGCGUGUGUGUGUGUGACAACUCGGCAGCAAAUAAAUCACGAUUAAAAUAUAUUCAUCCUCUAAGGAGAAACACAUGUAAAUAUUUGUAUAUUUCAAAUGAGUGACAUUGAUGAAUAAAGAUGUUUUUUUUUUCAAAA